GCUGCCACCAAUCGCCGACGGGAUGGAGGUGGAGCGGUCUUAUCGCUUGGCGAGGAGACCGCUGCUGCCGUCGCCGCCGUUGCCCAUGAUCCGUUGCUGCAUGCCGCGGAUCAGCAGCUGGCGGAUGCGGUGCGCGGAAUGGGAUUGACUACGCGAUCUGCUACCGCAAAUGAGCACGCAUCUGGACAUGGCACGGGCGCCAUCCGUCGCACACCCUCCACCUCCAGUGAGGAGGACUUGGAGGAUGAGGAGGAGCCAGAGCUGGCGCCUCCAACCGACCUGACAUCGGUGGAUGGAUCGGAGCGCUACUCCGACGUCAGGCAGCUGCUGGCCCGACAGCAGCCACUGGCAGAGCUGGACGAAGGCGGUAUCUCGCCCAGCAGCAGCAAGUCGUGGGUCGUGGGCGAUGGCUAUGACCUGGAGGCCUUUAACCAAGUGAAUGGCGUGUGGCCCCUGGGCCAUCCGCUGCCGCUGCCGGAUUGGUCCGAUUCCGGGUCCGGCAAGGGCACCCUUAUCUUUGACAACGUCUGGCAGUAUGAGGAGCUGAACGGAAUUGUGGAGACGACGCUGCAGCGCAUGCUGGAGGAGACGCACUACAACACCGUGAAUCUCUUUGUGGACUUUUAUCGCUCCUUCAAGCGCACCCGUCGCUCUGAUCUGCGCAGCUUCUUCCAGUUCUACGAUGUGCCCAUCAAUCGUCGCCACCACAUGUGCGUAUCCCUGGCCUUCGAGAUCAUGGCCAGGAUGGUUCAACUCUUCCCAGUGCUGGCCAACUACCUGUAUGUGGUGUCCUGCGAGGAGCAGGUGAUGGACUGCAACGACUACGUCCAACUGGACGAGGAGUGCGGUUUGAAUUCGGUGGAUGCCGGCGUUGAAAAGGAGCACGUAAUGGUGGCCAUGCGCAUUGCCAUCGGCGAGCGCCGAGGUGUGAUGAUCCUGGAUCCGGGAUACCAUGUCAGCCGAGCUGUGACUGUCAUGCAGGAUCAGAGUUAUCCCCACACGGGCUGGUUCACCCAAUCGAAGGAGCCCCACCUGCAGCGGGACUACUGCUACGCUUACAGCCAGCAGAACGGCAAGUUCGUGGAAUGGAAGGAGCGGGAGAUCCGUGGCGAGGAGACCAGCUUCAAGACCUCGCUGGUCUACGUGGCCCAGGAGUACAUCACAGCGAUAGAUGUCACCGUGCGCCGUAAUCUGGUGUACAACUUCCGGUCGCUUCUAUCGCGAGAUGCCAAGGGCCAGGUGUACGCAGGGAUCUACUUCCCGCUGGUGGCCAAUGUCCAGGAGUCCUACUUGACCAUCUUCUACGACGGAACGAAUGAGCAGCGAGUGCGGACAAAGCUGAUGUUUAGCGCCUUUAAAGUGGGCAAGGGCAAGCAACUUCCGGACUCCAUUAAAGAGCACCUGAGCAGGCUGGCACCACAGAUGAGGAUGCCCCUGCAGGAGCUAACGGAUCUAUGCAAGUCCCUUGCCGAGGUGGUCACCGACCAGAACUUCAUCAAUCAAGUUCUGGCCAUCAACGAUGACAUCGGCAACAUGUCCGUGGAGAAUUGACAGUUAAAGGAGCCUAAGGAUGUCGCUGCUAGUUCCGAAUUAGAAGGGGAGAUGGGAACAGGAACGGGAACGGAUGUGAAGAUGGAUAAACAGGCGAUAAAAGACACUGACAACGCAGCUGCAACUUAGAGUUCCGAGUUUUUUCAAAUACGUUGUCCUUUCCACAGUAAUUUUCUUUUAGUAGCACUUAGGCACCUCUCUAACACCCACACAAACCAGCACACACGAUUAAAAGUAUAUAUUUCAAUUUAGUAAUAUAUGUAUCAAACUAUAUACACACACGACACACACUCUAUAUAAUGGUAUAAUCCCCAAUGAAUGAUUUAACCGAAACCGUAACCGGAAACGGAAAUUUAAUCUAAACCAGGAAGCGCAAAGCAUAGAUUUUUCGAUUUUCGCUUAGAUUCAGCUUCUGUUUCAUUUCAAACUAAGUAUAAACAACUAUAUAAUGGCAAAAUUAGUUAAUAACUGGUAUCAAGGCAAAACAUAAAUUGUAAUUGUUAUAUGAAAAUAUUUCUGUUGUAACACUUGAAUGCACUGUACAAUUUUGGUUCCAAUAAAUAAAUCAGCUAGCGAAAUGACAA